AUGGGCGAUCUCCACAUCGACAAGGAAACGGAGGACAUGUUCGUCGCGGCGCAGGGGCACCUGAACCGCAUCUUGCAGGAAGGAGAGGGCCGCGAUGGCGGGGCGUCGCGAGUGGUGCAGCUGGGCGACCUUGGAGCGUACAGUGCGGACCCUGGCUCGCAGGCCUGCUUCGACUUCGCCAAGUCUUUCCUGGGAGGCUUCGCCGCGCCCUCCCUCCUGGUCACGGGCAACCACGACCUCGAGGGUUCGGAGUUCAACACGGACGAGGAGAACCUCGCCGCGUGGCAGCGGACGUUCGCCCAGCCGCACUUCUGGUGCUGCGACGUCGGCCCGGCGCUGAUGGUGGGCAUCAGCACUGUGCGGUUCCGCUCCAACGAGCACUCGGUGCAUGAGGUGCACAUCGAUGACGAACAGGUCGCGUGGCUGCGCGAGGUGCUCGAGACGGCGGGCGACAAGCCCGUGGUGGUGUACAGCCACGCGCCGCCCCUCGGCUGCGGGCUCAAGGUCAUCAACGAGGUGCACGUGAAGAACCGCUGCGCGUGGCUGAACCACUCGACCGACCCGUUCGCCUUCAUCGACCUCGUGGAGAGCCACAGCAACGUGCGCCUAUGGUUCAGCGGCCACUUCCACCUGUCGCACAACUACGCCGACUCCGUGUCCUCGCGGCACGGCACCGCCUUCGUCCAGACGGGCGUGAUCGGGACCUGCAACCGCGACGGCAUGCGGCAGUCGCGCGUGCUCGAGAUGGACCGCGAAGGGUUCCGCGUGCUGACAGUGGACCACCACGACGACGGCAGGACGCGCGUGGACGUCGAGCACAGCUGGUCGGACCCGUCCGACCCCGUCCACGUGCUGCCGGACGACGAGCUCCUGUGCGACCCAUCCGACGGUUUCCUGUGCGGCAGGUCGUCGUGCGCGAUCGGCGAGGAGCUGGGGGGCGUGACGUGGUUGCCAGCGGGGGGCGACGUCAUGCUGGCCGUGCAGGAUGAACACCUCAUCCAAUACAGUGUGCGGGCGCAGGCGGCGGUCGGCGCCGUGAGCCUCGACGUGCGCGGCAGGACCGCACGUCUGCUCGACGAGAACGGCGCGGUGCUGGGGCCCGACGACGCCGGCGACAGUGCGGUUGCGGUGGAGCUGGUCGCGGAGGACGGCUCGGAUCGAGAGACGUUCCCGCGGCACGAGGGCGGCUUCUAUCUGAUUCACCAGCCGAACAAGUGGGAGAAGCGGAUGCGCGAGCAGGGGCUCGAGGAACUCAUUGAGAUACAGCGUGCGCUGCGGGACGGGAAGCUUGAUCCGACCACGCAAGUGGCUGUCUGA